AUGAAUUUCUUGGCUUCAGAAUCACUUUCUGAGAGUGAAAUUGCACUCUUGGAGGCCAGUUUUUCUAUGUGUUAUGGCAGGUCAUGGGUGAGGGAAGCACUUGGGGCAGUCAACAUUGACACCAAGAAAAAGCGACAGCGCAUCGCACUUGGGGCAGUCAACAUUGACACCAAGAAAAAGCGACAGCGCAUCGAAUUGGUUGAAGUGUUAAUAUGUUUGGUGCGAUUCAUGCGGUAUAAGUCUUUGAUUCACUGCAGGACCGAGUUGUGGAUGCCGAUCGCAGGUGGUGAUGACCUCUGUCAAAGCUCUGACGAGACGAGGGAAAACGCGGGGGGAUAGACUAUUCCAACGAAGCGGAUUGUGGAUGUAUGCCCACCUGGAUCCAAUGCUCGCCCUGGCUGGAACAACUACAUAUUGUUCUGGCGCAUGUGGAUCUAGACAUCAGCUGCCA